UCAAUAUCCAACAUUUACACAUAUACAUAUAUUUUUUAUUUAACUGCGCAAAUAUUGUAGAAAAUCGUGCGCAAAAUUUCAAGUCUUAUCAUGGAUAUGCAGAAUAUAUUACUAACUGAUAUGUUCAAUCGCUUGCACAAGUGGCUUUUCAUAGCUCCGGUACACUGCAAACAGAGGCUCAAGGGCUGCAUGCUGGUUGCCUACAAUCUGGCAGUACUUGUGAUUAUUCGCGAACUGGUUUACUUAAUGGAGAAUAGCAAUGCUCCGGCAGAAUCUUCAAUUUCAUCGUAUAGCUACUGGGACUAUUGGUUGGGAUGGAUCGGCAUGGGUUCCGGUUCUACUGCAGGCACUGAACCAAAAACCAAUAUCUGGAGACCCCGCUUCUCGGAUUGGGACGGACGGUUUCAAGUGAUAAAUGGUUAUGUCAAUGUCUUUAUGAUCAUAUCGCUUAUUAAGCCGCAUCGCUGGAUCAGUGCAUAUAGUUUUGUUUGCCUUUUCUGGAAUAUGCUGGUGUGCGUAAAACUCGUCUACUAUUUGCUUAGUGUCCUCUACUUUCUGACUACCAAGGGAAUUGGAGUGCAACAUGAAAAUCUAUUGGGAGGCCACUUGCUUUACCUGGUCAUUGCCCUGAACUUUGCAGCCCCCGUUCUCUACGUGGUCAUAAUUGCGGGCGCUCUAGAAUUCUGCUGCUGCUGCUAUAAUAGUUAAUUCAUUCUGCGUCGGUGUAAAUUGCCGAACCAAUUCAUAUAGUUUUUGACACGUGUCGCCGUUUUCUGUUGGUUUUUGUUUGGCUCUUGGUUUGGGGUUGCUUCAUGCAUGCAACCAACCCCUCACCAAUCGUUCGGCAAUUUCAACCCUUUACGCCCGUGGACGCGCACUUAUUGUACAACCCCUCGUAUUAUGUGCGUAAAAUUAUUUGCGAAAUUGGUAGCGCCUGCCGUAAUCCUCGUUGCUUUGCCCGCAAAAUGGCGUUCGGGAACAAAAUGGCGUGAGAUCUGUGGAACAACAUAUUUUUCUUAAUUAAGGAGUAAUUAAGUGGCGUACGCAUCCGAUAUAAUUGUGCAUAUUUUGAAAGAAAAAAAUCAAACAUAAUAAAUGCAUAGACACAAUGCCAUUCAUUUAAAAA